CACGGAUAGUGGCGCUGGCGACUGGCGAGAAAACUAAAAUGGCCGCAAAUUCUUAGCGAAAGAAACGUCAGUGCGGCCAGAACUGUAGAAACAGAAACUUUCCGUAGAAAAUUUGAACUCCGGUAUUUCGUUCUAAUAUGUUAUUAUAAGUGCGUGCGGGUGUGCACUUAGGGAUAUGUCGGGGGAACGAGAACUGCCUGCUGAGGACAGCAUCAAGGUGGUGUGCCGUUUUCGGCCCCUCAACGAUUCUGAAGAAAAGGCUGGUAGCAAAUUCGUCGUCAAGUUUCCACAGGGUGGAGAUGAUAACUGCAUUUCCAUUGCGGGUAAGGUGUACCUGUUCGACAAAGUAUUCAAGCCCAACGCAUCCCAAGAAAAAGUCUACAAUGAGGCUGCGAAGAGCAUCGUCACCGACGUGCUGUCGGGCUUCAACGGCACUAUCUUCGCCUACGGGCAGACCUCUUCGGGUAAAACUCAUACCAUGGAGGGGGUGCUCGGGGAUCCCCAGAAACAGGGCAUUAUUCCUCGUAUAGUAAAUGAUAUCUUCAAUCACAUCUACGCGAUGGAAGAAAAUCUAGAAUUUCACAUUAAAGUAUCUUAUUUUGAAAUUUACAUGGACAAGAUAAGGGAUCUUUUAGACGUAUCAAAAGUGAAUUUGAGCGUCCAUGAAGAUAAAAACAGGGUACCGUAUGUGAAAGGAGCAACAGAACGGUUUGUCUCGAGUCCUGAGGAAGUAUUUGAAGCAAUUGAAGAGGGCAAAUCCAAUAGACAUAUAGCUGUAACAAAUAUGAAUGAACAUUCAUCCAGAUCGCAUUCCGUAUUCCUCAUAAACGUCAAGCAAGAGAACCUCGAAAACCAGAAAAAGUUGUCUGGAAAAUUGUACUUAGUAGAUUUGGCUGGAUCCGAAAAAGUAUCGAAAACUGGAGCCGAGGGCACUGUGCUGGACGAAGCGAAGAACAUCAACAAAUCUUUGUCGGCCCUAGGCAAUGUAAUAAGCGCGCUGGCCGAUGGCAACAAAUCUCACAUUCCGUACCGAGAUUCCAAACUGACGAGGAUCCUGCAAGAAUCUCUGGGAGGUAACGCAAGGACAACCAUCGUCAUAUGUUGUUCACCUGCUAGUUUCAACGAGGCUGAGACUAAGUCUACCUUGGAGUUCGGAAAGAGAGCGAAGACGGUGAAGAAUGUGGUUUGCGUGAACGAGGAACUGACAGCCGAAGAAUGGAAGCGGCGAUACGAGAAGGAAAAGGAGAAGGUAGCUCGACUAAAGGGCAAAGUGGAGAAAUUGGAGGAGGAGUUGAACCGUUGGAGGAGCGGCGAGACGGUGAAGCCGGAGGAGCAGAUCAACCUACAGGACCUGCUCAUUACGGAUGCCGUCACUCCUGUCAGUGGUAUGGAGGAGAGCAUCGUGCAGGAAAAACCUUCAGGUCCUUUGCCCGCAACUCCAGCGUUGAUGAUAGGCUCCACUUUGGGUAUAGAAGAACGCACGAAACUAGAACAAGAAAGGGAGCGAUUAUACCAGCAGUUGGACGAAAAGGAUGAGGAGAUCAACCAGCAGAGUCAGUACGUCGAGAAACUCAAAGAACAGAUGCUGGAACAGGACGAACUUAUCGCAAGUACCAGAAGGGAUUAUGAAGCCUUGCAAGCUGAGAUGAAUAGAAUUCAGCAAGAGAACGAGAGUGCUAAGGAGGAAGUGAAAGAAGUACUUCAAGCACUCGAAGAAUUGGCUGUGAACUAUGACCAGAAGAGUCAAGAGGUCGAAGCGAAAAAUAAGGAGAUGGAGACACUUAGCGAAGAAUUAAUGCAAAAGCAAGCCAGCUUGAACACCACCACGACUGAGCUGCAACAAUUGCGCGACAUGAGCAGCCACCAGAAGAAGCGCAUAGCAGAAAUGCUUAGCAAUCUACUUAGGGAAUUAGGAGAAAUUGGAACUACUUUAGGAGGUACUGGCACAGGUGGCGCUGGUGAUGCUGAACAGUUGAAGAUCAGCAACGACGCCGCUAAACUAGAGGAAGAAUUUACAGUUGCUAGGUUGUACAUCAGCAGAAUGAAGACGGAGGUCACUAAUCUCACACAAAGACUUAGGGAAAUUGAGAAUAAAGAGCAGGAUAGUAACAGAAAGGUGACUGAAUAUGAGAAAGAAUUAGCAGAAUGUAGGCUAUUGAUUUCUCAACACGAGGCCAGAAUGAAGAGUUUGCAAGAGUCGAUGCGAGAAGCAGAAAAUAAGAAGAGGAUCCUGGAGGAAAGCAUCGACUCUCUUAGAGAGGAGUGCGCGAAACUCAAGGCUGCCGAACAGGUGCAAAGUGCGAGCGAAAGUGAAAAGAAGGAGGCCAACGAGCUUCGACAGGCUCUGGAGCAGCAGAUGGAUCAAUUGAGGGUGGUUCACCAAAAACAGGUGGCUGCGCUCAGGGAUGAAAUCGCUGAGAAACAGCAGCUCAUCAACGAGAUCAAGGAUUCCAACCAGAAAUUGCAGCUGGCCCAGCAGCAACUCCAAGCCGACUACGACAAGAUCAAGUCGGAGGAGACCGAGAAGUCGCAGAAACUGCAGGAACUCAUUGCCACGAACGAGCGCAGAGAACAGGCGAGGAAAGACCUGAAGGGACUCGAGGACACUGUUGCCAAGGAACUGCAGACUCUGCACAAUCUCAGGAAGCUCUUCGUGCAGGAUCUACAGGCCCGCAUGAAAAAGAACAUGUACAGCGAGGAGGCCGACGAAGAAGGAGGCUCCUUGGCCCAGAAACAGAAGAUUUCCUUCCUGGAGAACAACCUGGACCAGCUGACCAAGGUGCACAAGCAGCUGGUGCGCGACAACGCUGAUCUCCGAUGCGAGCUGCCCAAGCUGGAGAAGAGAUUGCGCGCCACCAUGGAAAGAGUAAAGGCUCUCGAGACCGCGCUGAAGGAGGCCAAAGAGGGAGCUAUGCGGGACAGGAAGAGAUAUCAAUACGAAGUGGACCGAAUCAAGGAAGCGGUACGCCAAAAGAACCUCGCUCGACGGGGCCCAGCCGCGACAAUCGCGAAGCCAAUCAGGGCCGGGCAACAACACCACGUGAACGUGAACGCAGUGCAAGGGGGAAGCCCGGGAGCUGUGGUCAGACCCAUCAGGCCAAAUUCCGGCGUCGACCCAGCAGAACAGCAGAAGCGCAGGUCCAUCAUCGUUGGGGAUAAAGAGUGAGAAGCCACGUUCGCUUUUCGUCGCCACCGAUCAGCGCUGGUGCUUUAACCACAAGAGUAAACCGUGUCGUAGGAGCAAAUUUGUAAUUUAAUAUUAUCGUUAUAAUGGAUACGCGUAAUUGGUAUAUUCCCACAAUCACACAAAAAACGUAUGAAUACCAAAAAAAUAUUGCCUGCUACUGCAAUGUGGCAUCGCAUCUCAUUCUAGAAAGUCAACCGACGGAUGUGACUGAAAGAUUGCUCGCAAAACGAAGGAGGAUGACGUAACCAAUUUAGAUGUAAACUGAAAUGAUAAUUUUUUAAUGGAUAUUCGAGGCGUUUCGUUUUGUGGACUUUUGGUCACCAUCCGAGAACUCACGGGCGAUGAUUCGAUGUGCUUUCAGCUUAGGGGUUGUGUUGUUAUAUCCAUUUCUCAAAUUAGCAAUAAGGUGCACCCACACUGCUAUUGAUUCAGUUGACAGGCGGAAACAGUUAGACAUGUUCCAAUAAAGGUGAUGCUGACACAAGAAAGACCAAUAGAUCCCGACUUCUAGCCCCAAGUCCAUGCUUCAAAUGCAGUCUUUAUCAAUGUUUGAAUAAUUUUGUUUGCAUGAUUUUGACUGUCAUAUUAACGAACAAACGCAUGUUGACAGUGUUAGAGUUUAUUGCCAACAUUCAAUUUGCUGCAAUGCUAUGGAGUAAGUAUACUGUAAGGAAAACACCGUUCUCAUUUCUCUUACACUAAUUUAUAAUGCUUGCAACUAUUUUAUGACAAAUUUAUAACCAUGUCAACUAGACUUGUCGCGUCGGUCGCUACCCGUUGACUGUCCUUUCCACUGUCAUCACGAUUUUAUAUUUUGAAAUCGACCAACCGAGAAGUUUUCCAUCGCUUUUGUCGAAGUUCCAGACAAUGCCAAUCCCGAAAUCGGCAGAACGCUCUCGAACGUGAAAUAAAGCUCUAUAAGGCCGCAAUCGCCCGCACGCAGCAGAGUAACCCUGGUUGCCUAAGCGUUGUUUCUGGAACCUUCUGGUCGAUAUAUAAAAGAGUCUCGGAAAUGUGGCUAGUCAAAUACACUUUAUCAUUGUCGACGGGUACUGGUUGGUUAAAUUUUGAUGUAAACUGCAUUUGGCUUACGGAGCACAAGAAGGUUUAUGGGAUCUUGGCCUAUGGUAAUGGGAGGGUGAGAAACCCAUCUGCAGCUGUCUUUUUCUAAGAGCAUGAUCAUUUUUGGAACAUUAUAUGAACAUCAAAUGAGCAAAUUAUAGAAAACAAGAUGAUACGUCACCUAUUCUUCCAUAAAUUUGUUUUUAUUGAUUUUUUGUCCGAGGACCAUUGCCGUAAACCUUUAACGUUGUCGAAUAAGUUGUUAGAAAUGUCCGCGACCUUUAUAGAGAUUAUUAACUGUUUUUGUGUACCAAUCGUAAUUACCGUUACUAAAAAUUUGUUCGGCUUUAUGCAAUUUUUAAUUACUCCAAAUUUUUAUUUAUGUGGUUGAGAUUUUACGGCAACUGGCCUAAAAAUAUACGUAAUAUCGUAAUUUUAACACAGCAUGCACUUUGGCAAAGUAUUAUAAUACAGCACCCACACGAUAUCCAAUUUUUGUUUCUUCUUAUUUAGCAUUUUUUGUAGAUCGUUGCUUCUAUUGUAAGGCUAUUUUGAUAUUUUAUACUUUACUACCUUAAGUAUUAAAAUGAAAAAUAUACAGUUGCAUUUCAUACAAAGUCCGUUUAUAUCCAAGGCAAGUAGUAGUUGUUAACCUAGAAUACUACACUUGCACCUGAGUGAUUUACUAAUUUCUAUCAAAAUUCUGUAAAACAGGAUUACCUACAUGGAACAAUUUUGAACAAUUUAUUGUUUAUCGAUGUGCAGGGAUUCAAAUUUAUAUUCUGCCAACAUACGUAAUUGAAGUCGCAGUUUUUCAAAUGAUUUUUUUAUAAAGCCAUGCUAGCAUCGAUCAGCAACAAAUAUUAUUAGUUGUAUUUGUUACCUUUGCUGUGGAGAAAUUUUUGACUAGCCGCGUAUAUAAUGUUUUAAAUUUGCUUAGUCGUAUUCAAAGUGCAGCUAUCAAGUAUAUUUAAGUGAAAAUAUAGUUGAUAGCUGCCCAUAAUAACCCACAGCUUAUGAUUACACGACGCAUGUGUUAUUUAAUUUCAUAAAAAAAUUAGUUCAAUUUAAAACCCUGCACAUGAAAGUAUGGAAUGUUUUUUCUUUGCUAAAAGAAUUAUUGUAACGCUAUGCUAUGUAUAUAAUUUUGGUAGGGUUCACAGUCUAGAUCUAGAAGAAACGUGGAGUGCCAGCUUGACCAGAUCAAGUUUGAGAGCGACUCCCAAAAGAUAAUAAAAUAUAAAAAAAAACUUUGUUGUAAGUACAUACAGUAAUUACUAUACAAGUGUAAACAUUUCUUGUUCAAAUGCGAAAAGUUUUUAAAUUUUGUUUUAUGACACGUUUUUUGAAGAAUGCAAAAAAAUCGUAACAAGUUUGUGAUAGAUAUAAAACAAAUGUGUUUAUGCCAGAAGAUGCUUGCCCACUGAGGCGAGGAGAAUUACAGCAAUAUUUUUGUUGGUUCGAAUCUCCGCCUCGGAAGUUAACCUCGUUUCUAUAUUACGCACAAUCGGUGCAAGAUCAUCAUAGGUGGAGAUGGUUUAAUCGACAAUGGCUUACCAGUAAAUGGCUUGUGGUGAAUGAAUGAAUCAUGAAAUUAGAGGCAUCCCGGCCACCAUAAGGAGACAGUGCAUAGGCCGGUUAAACCGGGCCUUAUGCAUCUCUACAUUCCUUAGACCUCAAGCCUCGCCUUUCUAGCGAAGUUGAGAAUGGCCUUGAGUCCAAGCUCCUUGAAGCCCUGAGGGUCCAGGACCCCAGUGUAGUAGCUUAGAGCUUCACAGCGACACAGAACGUACGCCGAGGUCUCUUCCUCUACCCCGCAGCGCUUACAUAAGGGUUCCUCAGCCACCCCCAUCACGUGCAGGUGCCGCCUUAACGUGUUAUAGCUAGACAACAGUCCCACCAGCAACCUUAUUCUGGCUCUAUCCAGAGAUAGGCAGAAACGUCCAUCCUUAGCGCUGGGCCCUACAAUAAGUUCCAGCGCUUGACAGAGAUGUCUGGAAAUACUUCUCCAUUUAUUGCAAUCCACGUUUCCAUUUUCUUCCUAACUUUUUGCGCAGGCACUCCUAAAGCUGGCUCAGAACCAACAAGCUUGCUGGCUGAUCCUGUCUUGCAAUACUAAUCUCCGAAUCUCCGCCUCGGAAGUUAAUCUCGAGUCAUUGAUAUUGUGUUAUUUUCUGUAUUACGCACGAGCGGUGCAAGAUCAACAUAGGUACAUCGCAUCGUUGGAGCUGGUUUAUUCGAUAAUGGCUUACCCGUAGACGGCUUGUGGUAGUACAAUGUUGAUACUGUGGGGUCGGUAAAAAGGCCAAAGAUGGCCUAGUUGCCUAGCUUUCCCUACCCAGUACUACUAUUACUACACCUGUCAUUUGCACCUGUCAAAUGUGACACGUCGGCCCAAUGUUCAGGCUCUAAUUUCAUUACGGGUAAAGCUCAGCGGAAAUGUUUUGCUUAAAAACAACCUGUCAUCAGUAGUCGUGCAAAAAUGUAAAUUGAAAGAAGCCAGCGAGUAAACAUUGCUGAUGAACAGGGAGAUUAAAUAAAUAUGAACGCCCUAUACAUAGCAGUAUAGGUGCCAAAGCAUCAUGGCAUUGUAGUGUGACGUUUCUGGCACUAAUGUUUCCUAAGAGAACGUACCAAAUUGCAGUAAGUGUUUCAAAAGACAUUCCAUUCGAGUUAUUUGUCAUAAAAAGGAACAGAAAUGUCUGCACUAGAAUAUGGGAUUAAGAGGGUACUUUACAGUUUUAUUAUUGUGAUACAGACGUGUUACUGUGCUGCAUAUAUUAGUUUGCGUCUUUGUUCUUCCUUGCCUGCUCAUGCACGACGAAAUUAUUUUAUAUUUUUUCGAGAGUCACUGCUAUUUUCUAUAUACAAAUAUAUAUAUUUUGUUAUGUAUUGUAUGCUUAUGUAAAUUUUGAAAUCUGGUGCACAAUUUUAUCUUAUUUAACCUAGAGUCGAUAUAUUGGGUAUACAGGAUGUUUGGUCAACAUGCAAAAAUACUAACAGUAGUCAUAUUUCACUUAUAUUAUUUUUAUAAUAUUAAUCUACUAGGCCCAAUGUCCCAAAUUUUUUAUGAUCCAGUAAACCCUUGGUUCAGAUGUAGUUAUUAUCAAAGUUCUCAACAAAAGGACGUUAAACUUGGGUUGCCUACCCCAGUCUGUUGCAGAUGGUUACGAUUUCAGUCAUGUCGACUAACAGAUACGUGAUUACCUUAAUCUUGUAGCGUUUGCAAAACUAAAAGCUGUAAAAUGCGAUACUGUUGACAUUUGACAAUACUAGCACGAGCUCCUCCAGGUUGCGCGAUAUUAAAGAACAUGAAUAUAUACACAGGUUUUGUCAAAAGAACAUAAAAUAGCACCAGUACAAAAUUAGUUUCGCCAAAAGAAAACGCUGUUUGGCAAUGAUAAGAAUUGUUAGUUGACAUAUCGCCGGUCAAAAAUAUCCAAACUUGAACUGAGAUUAAACGCAUUCGCGGCAGGCUAGAGUAGACAAUGCUUUCUCUUUUAACAAUCUAAGGUAUCAUUUGCUUUUGGGAUAAGGGUUUAUUGCGAUAUGCGCAUAAUAAUAAUUCAGUUUCCUAUGACAAAUGACUGCAUUUUGACUUAAGGGAAGGAGUACCAAACAUCCUGGGUCUAUACACCUGGUUGGUUUUACUGUGCUGAUCCUAGCAAUUGAUUUUUCUGUGGUAGACUAUCGAUUAUAAAUACAUGUUUGAUAGUGGCUGAUGUCGCUACUGCCCGCUUUUGAGGUCGUCAACUACUUGACAGAUGCAAUUUACCCCUAUUUAUUAUUUAAAUCGUCAAAGUUAUUAUAUAUAUUCUAAUGAACUUACUGAAAAAAGUCA